AUGGAAAUAGGAGAUACAUAUAAAGUGAAUAAAAAAAUUCUAAAUUACGAAAAAGCUGUGAAAGUAUUCUUCACUGACAUUGAAAAAGGAGACCUUUACGAUAAUACUGAAUAUGUCAUAAAAUUUCUUAAGACGACCGGUUCAGAAGAAUCCGAAAUGAUCGAAUACCUAUCAAAGCAUCGAAAUUCUCAAACCCAAGUGAUCCUUGGUGCAAUUUAUUUAAAAGUGGACGAGGCAAGAAAUGCAUUUCAAGAAUUCGAGAAAGCGGCCUUAAUGAAUAAUCCUCAUGGCCAAUACUUCCUAGGACAUUGUUAUGAAAUUGGAAUUGGUACAUAUGAGAACGACGAAACCGCUGUGUAUUGGAAGAGAAAAGCAGCAAAUCAAGGAAUUCCAGCUGCGUUUGAAAGUGGAUAUAAUUCUGCUUCUUUCGAACUUGCCAUUACGCAUCAUGAAGGCUCUGGCACUUUUCAUGAUAUUCAUGAGGCCAUAUAUUGGUAUAGGAAAAGUAUAAAGGCAGGAGAAUUAGAUGCAUACGAUUAUUUAGAGAACUUAUUUACGCAGAUAUAUUGGUGA